ACCACUUGAAUACAUUUAAAUAUGGAAUUAUCUUUUAGGAGAGGCAAAGAUAUGUUAAUUUAUAAUUUUGUGUCGUCGGUCGAUGGGCCUACUUGGAAUGAAUAUUUCUUCGGACUAGUCGACAUAAAUAAAACAUUCCCGUUCCGUAGUGCCGUUUAUUUGCCAUUAGUGACUCUCGUUAAAUAUAAUAUACUAUGCAGAAUUUGUGUUUGGUUCGGUCACUUUCUUCCUGCUUUACUUGUGGAUGCUGCAAACAUCUGUAUUGGACGUAGCCCAAGAAUGUGGAAAUUAUGUAUGGCAAUCGACAAAUUUUCCCGAGUAAUCCAACCUUUUUGUACUUCUGUAGAGUGGAGUUAUUCCACUGACAAUGUUCAAGCAAUGUGGAAUCAUCUCAAUGAGAAAGAUCAACAAUUGUUUAAAUUUAGCAUGAUGGGAUUUGACUGGUCAAAAUAUUUAAUUGACUGUCAUGAGGGCAUACGCCACUAUCUGGUAAAAGAAGAUGACAGUAUGUUGGAAAGCGGUCAUAUCAAAUAUAGAAGAUUUUACUGGAUACAUCAAAUCGACAAAGUUAUAUUUCUAUUUAUUGCCUUUUGGAUCAUUUGGUGUAUGUUAACUGUUUGCAUAAAUUAUUCACUAUAAUUAUUUGAAUAAUUUUUACAUUUAAAUGCGAUAUUUAUAUAACAAAUAUAUUCAGCAAUGGUUUUAUUAUUUACACACAUUUUAUUAUACUAAAAGAUGGAUGGAUAAGGCCAACUAUUAAAGUGUAUGAAAGGAUAGAUAAUUUGAGGAGGAUAGAGGAUUGAGAAGAGAGGCGAGAGAGAG